UCUGCUCGCUAGACGAGUGCGUCUACUCGGAGCUGGAGCUGCUCAGCUACGAGGCCGUGCGGGCAAUCCACAACCAGAUGGACGACGAUGACGACGGCUCGGUGGACACCCAGGAGAGCGACGACUUCCUGCGCGAGGACAUGAAGUACAGCGACCCCGCGCUGAAGCACAGCAACUUCCACAAGGAGGACCAGCACAUCAGCCUGCAGGAGAUGUGGCUCAGCUGGAGAAACUCAGAAGUCUAUAACUGGACAGUGGAAGACGUGAUCCACUGGCUAGAGCAGAUUGUGGAGCUGCCUCAGUACUCAGACAUCCUGACACAAAACAACAUUGAUGGGCCCAGUCUUCCCAGGCUGGCCGUGAACAACCAGACCCUCAUGUCGGGCGUGCUGAAGAUCACCGACCGCAGCCACCGCCAGAAGCUGCAGCUCAAGGCUCUCGACGCCAUCCUGUUCGGGACGCCCGCGUCCACCCAGCGGAGCCGCCUCAAGGACCUGCUGCUGAUGGUGUCCGUGGUUAUGGGCGUGGGCGGCUGCUGGUUCGCCUACAUCCAGCACAAGUUCUCGCGCGACCACAUGAAGAAGAUGAUGCGCGAGCUGGACAGCCUGCAGCGUGCCGAGCAGAGCCUGCUGGACAUGCAGGGCAAGCUGCAGAAGGCUCAGGAGGAGCAGAAGCUGGUGGAGGACGAGAAGCGCCACCUGGAGACGAAGCUUCGCUGGGAGGUGACGGAGAAGCAGCAGCGGCGUGAGCAGCAGCAGCAGCACGAAACGCAGCAGCAGCACGGCGAUGCGGAGGGGGAGCAGAUGCGGCGCAGGUUCGCAGAGGAGGAGCUGGAGCAGGUGCGCCGCAGCCUGCGCCGUGCGGAGCAGGAGCUGGAGGCGGUGCGCCGCUCGGGGGUGCCGACGGUGCUGCAGGCGUGGCUGCAGCUGACGCACGAGGUGGAGCUGCAGUACUACAACCUGCAGAAGAUGGAGGCCGAGCGGCAGCUGAGCGCCGCCAAGGAAGUGGCGGAGAAGAUCAACCGCAAGCGCAACUCGGUGCUGGGCACGUUCUACGUGGCGCACAGCUCCUCGCUCGACGAGGUCGACCACAAGAUCCUCUCGGCCAAGCAGGCGCUGAACGAGGUGACCAGCAGCCUGCGUGAGCGGCUGCACCGCUGGCAGCACAUUGAGCACGUGUGCGGCUUCCACAUCGUCAACAACGCCGGGCUCGCCGCGCUGCACACGCGCCUCUACGACGAGAGCCCGCAGGACGACGAACCCCUCAGUCCCGUCACCUCUCCGCCCUCCAUGAUCGUCACGCAGUCAUCCCUCUCGGCGCCGGCGCCGCCCCAGCCGACCAAUCACGUGACGGCCGACAGUCACAUGACCCGACUGCCGGCCAAUAAGACUCCGUCGCCGGUGUCCCGGCGUCACGUGAGCUCCCACAUGCCGCUCUCCGAUUGGUCGCGGGCCGUGUCACAUGACCAGCUGCCCUCCUCCGGAUACGAGCGAGACUCCAUGAUCAUGUUCUCGGCCUCUUCCAGCUGGCCUCACUCCAGCAUGGAGUCUCUCCUCUCCACGGCCUCCGCUCCUCCGGGCCCAGUCUCCUUCCACUCCUUGGCCUCUCUCCCCCCGUGCGGCGCUGGGGGCGGAGGUGGUGGCGCGGGUUCCUCCCAGCAGCACCACGCCCCCUCCCACGCCACCCCGCACCUCCUGCAGCACCACCACCACCUGCACCACCUGCAGCCUCCGCAGCAGCAGCAGCAGCUGCAGCAGCAGCAGCAUCUGCAGCAGCAGCAGCUGCAGCAGCUGGCGGCCCCGCCGGGUGCCGUCCUCGCGGCUCACGACGACGCCGACGAGAGCGACAGCAGCAACAACAGCGGCGGCAGCCUCGCCGAGGCGGCCGCCACCGCCAGUGCCGCCACUCUCGGCCCGGCCCCCGGGGCCCCGCGCCCGGCGGGAGACGCGGCGAGAGCGGACGACUCCUCGUCCGUGUCCGAGUUCAAGGUGGGCCGCAAGUCCCGGAUCGCGCGCCUCUUCAAGAAGACGAGCAGCUAGCCGCCGCGGCGCAACCCGCCCCGUCGCCGCGCCCGCCGCUCGCGCGAUCGCCCGUCCGUCUAAUCGCCGGUCUGUCCGAUCGCCGAUCGCCCGUACGUCUGAUCGCCGGUCUGUGGUAACCGCAGCGUGCGCGUGUGCUGUAUUUUUCUCUCUUUUUUUUAUCCCGAGUUGUCUUUGACCUAUUUGCUUGAACCAAAACAACGUGGGACGCGAGAGUGCACUGUAACGGAAGGCAGAACCCACGAACAGAAACACUUGUCGUUGAAUUGUUUUGGUUCGCGGCCGCCUCGUUGCAGCCAGCGCCACAGUUCAGUUGCGUACUAAUAUACAUCGUUAAUUCGUCACGAGCCGUGAUCGGUCCACUACUGGAUGAAGGCCUCAACCAAGCCGCCGCCGCCGCCUCGUGCAAACCUGCCACGUGGCAAAGCGCCACUGGCACCCGCUGCCGAUUUCACCGUCGCCCCCACGUCCUUUGCGACGGUGAACGCACCGCGGUCCUCGCUGGCACCGGCGCCGGCACCGCUCGUUCGCACCGCGCCCGGCACGCGGCUGCCCCUUGCAGAGGUGGCGGCGGCGGCAUCGGCCUCUCCGGCGGUGGGUUCGCGACGUUGCCCUGCGGCCUUCCCACAAUCGGUUUCGCUCGGAAACACUCGGGAGCCCGGGAGCCCGGGAGCCAGACGAGGGACGUUUCGGCGACGAAAUCGGCUCUCCCUGCUCCAGUUGAUUUUGUGGAGCUCGGGAGAGAGAGAGACCAGGAGAGAGGAGCGUCAAUCGCAGGAGCGACCCGGGGAGG